AUUUAAGUCAUAAGGAAGCAAUGGUUUAGGGUUUGGUUGGGAUGGCGAAGUUCAAUGUGGUGCAGAAGCGAAGGAGAGCUCUAAUAGCAGAGAAGAAGAGACAGGUUCACGGAGACCCAUCCACCGGCAAGCUCAAAAUCAAGGACCAACCCCUUUCUCUAUCUGGAAAACGCAAGCGCAAGCUCUUCAAAAGAUGGCGCCGGGAGCAAAAAGAAGCCCUACAGGAUGGUUUGGUAAGCAUGGAAGAUGUUCAAAUGGCAGUUGCUGAAGGGGAUACCAAAGAUACCCGUAAAUCUUCAGGAAAAAUUCACCUGAAGAAGAGCGUGAAACUAAAACAGCUGAAGCGCAAAGGAAAGAACAACAGAAAAUCUGAUGAGCCCGCUGCUGAUAUUUCGGCUGAUGCAAUGGUGGAGUAAAUGUGAUAAGUUUUCAUAUUCUACAUACAUUGUUAUUUUGCUGUCCGGUGGAGAUUGGAGCUGCGCAGGAAAUGC